GAUUGCAAAAACUGGUGAACAUAAUGUUCUUAAUAGAGUUAUCGAUGCUGAGAGGCCUUAUGAUUUCAUUAGUCCAGGAGGUCCACGUUCUACAUUUCAUCAGUAUUGCCUUCAUGCUUUACACAUUCAAGGUGCGAAUUUUGAUAAAUAUAAUUAUAGCAGAG